AUGACACGGGACUCAAAUGCAGAGAAAAAGAUUUUUAAAAUCAACAGUAGAGGAAACAGAGUGGGUAGAAUUAAAUGUCCUUUAGAUCCUAGCCAUACAAUUUGGGAAGACAAAUUAAAGAGUCAUUUGGGUAAAUGUAACGCUGUUCGGGCCAAAAGAGCCAUUGAAGAAAAGCAAAAGAAUUGUGACUGGUUUGACCUAAAUCUAAACGUUAAAGAGGAGAUAUUAGACGGAAAUAUGAAAUUAACAGACGAAAAUAUCGAUAUUAAGGAAUUCAAGGAUUUCUUGGAAAGUACACUCAUGAGAUAUGAAGUAUUUUUUAAAAAUCAAUCAGAGGUGCCAGAAGUGCCAAUUGACCAACAGAUGUAUAAAGAAGGUCUUGAAGAGAGAUAUGAAGAAAUUAGUAAUAAGAAACAUCUUUUACAGCAGUCUUCAUUGAUUGGGCAGCUAGUUAAGUAUCAGCUAUUUUCGAGAGAAAAUUUGUACAUUGAAUUUGGGUGCGGAAGAGGGGAAUUCAGCCGAUAUUUAAGCCGAGCUCUGGAUGAAAAAGGUGAUGCUGAAGUAGGAAGUAGGUUUCUCAUGGUGGAUAGAGAGAGUCCUAGGAUGAAAAUGGACAAUAAAAUUGUUCUAGACAGUAAAUGUUCAACUCCGGAAGUUCAUCGACUAAAAGUGGAUAUUAAAGAUCUAAAGCUCUCUAAAGCCAUGGAAAAUUUCAGUUCGAGACCAAACGAUUACUACGUGGGUAUUUCAAAACAUUUAUGUGGAGUAGCCACGGAUCUAACCCUUCGAUGCUUGGUGAAUUGUAUGCAAGAUACGGAAAUGCAUUUCAAAUUCAAAGGAUUUUUGGUUGCAAUGUGCUGUCGACAUUGCUGCUACUAUCCAUGGUUAUUGGAAGGAUCAAAGAGGUGGUUAAAAGAAAUUUUCGGAAUAGACGAAACCAAUUUCAAGUAUUUGAGAAAGAUGUGUCCCUGGGCUACCAAUGGAACUAAUCAUAGGGGAGAAUUAAAAGGUAAGGAACAUUUUUCAGGAAUGAGUUUGGAAGAAAGAGAGGUGGUUGGACUUAAAAUGAGACGUAUUUUAGAUACAUCAAGAUGUAUAGCCAUGAAAGAAAAGGGAUUCAAGGUUCAAUUGGUUAGAUAUGUUCCUAGAGAGGUUACUUUUGAGAAUAGUUGUAUGGUUAUUGAGAACGACGGGAUAAUGUAA